AUGUCUUCAAAGCUCGUGCAGUGGGCUAACGACCGAGAAGCGACCGUCCUCGGGGACUACAUGUUUGUUGAUGGCGGCGAAGUCGCACAGUGGGUUGACGGCGAGAAAACCAAACGUCCAUCCAACGGAGCCAACGCCACCCUCUCGAUUCCGCUGACACGUUCCUGGAAGCCGGCGGAGGUUAAGAUCACGGAGAUUGACAAGCCUGUCAUGGGCAUGGUGAAAGAGGCCAUUUUCACGCACAACGCGUCAAACUCGUUCUACAUCUGGGGCGGCCACGUUCCGUACGACGCCGCACCCGUUCCGACAAACCAGCUCUGGAGGUUCAGUUCUGAUGGCGACGGAGGCGGCACCUGGAAUCCCGAAACACCCGGCAACCCCUCGACGUAUACGAGCCUCAGGCGCUCUCAGGGCGGCGCCUACGUGAGCACACCCGAUGCCGCGUUCUGGUUCGGCGGUCUCGAGACCCCGGGCACCUCUGGCGGCCCCCGAGGCUACGUGCCGGGCUACCUCUCGUUCAACUUCACGACCAAGUCAUGGGCCAACGAAACGAACAGUCCUUGGUCAUCCUACGGAACCCUGUACGGCGGUGAUGCACACUACGUCCCUACCUUUGGUCCUAACGGCAUCGUUAUCCUCAUCGGCGGCGCGGCGUGGGAUAUGACGGGCUCUGGCUCGAUGGGCUACCUUGAUAUGCAGAAUCUCACCUUCUUCGACCCCGUCACGCGCGAGUGGCACUCCCAGACGACGUCGGGUGAAGCUCCCCUUCGCCGUGAAUGGUUUUGCGUCGCCGGUGCCGAGUCAACAAACGGAACCUAUGAAAUCGUGGUCCACGGCGGUAGAAACCAGGCCAACAAGGCCGCUUUUGACGACGUCUACAUUCUCAGUCUUCCGGGAUUCGUCUGGACGAAGGCCGAGUACGAAGCCAAGGGAUCUCGCACCGCUCACGCAUGCAUUGUCGCCGGCAACCGCCAGAUGAUCAGCGUCGGGGGCGUUGACGACAACAAGGGAAGUCCUGCCAUCUGGGAGGACAUUGAUCCGCGCCCACAGGGACUGGGCAUCUUUGACAUGACGCAACUCAAGUGGACAGACGCCUUCGACGCCGAUGCUGGUGCGUAUGAAUCGCCGGCCGAGGUGCAGGCGUGGUAUGAUGAAGGUGGUCUCCAAAAGGUUCCGUGGUCUUCGGACAACGUAAAGAAGCUCUUCACCGACAGCGCCUCUUCGGAGGAGUCGGAAGAGGGUACCUCUGGUGGAAAUGAGAAUGGAAACAGUGGCAAUGCGAACGGCGAGUCUUCCAACAGCUCAACGCCGGUGGGGGCCAUUGCGGGCGGCGUCGUGGGUGGUGUCGCCGGCAUUGCGCUUGUGGCCUUCCUCGCAUGGUUCCUCGUGCGCCGCCGACGGAGGAACGCCAACCAAGGGCCGGAGAGGGAGAAGGAGUCACAUAUGAUGCUACCGGCCGAAAUGCCGCCGUCCACGCACGGCGGGACUGCAACAAUGACGACAAGCUCAUCGUCCCCGUCAAACUGGGGCAGCACAAAAGCGGGAUCCCCGGCCCAGGGAAAUGUUGUGCCGGCUCAUGUGGAGAUGGGCGACACGUCGCCGAGGCCGGAGCUCAUGGGAUCAGGACCAUACCCCUUGUAUUCUGAGAGCAGACCUAUUCAAUUCUCGGCCAUGUGGCAUAAUCCCCGCACACCACCAGCCCUCCCACCGCGGAGCCCAAAACGACCCGAUCAGACCGGCCUCCCAUCACCACCACUUCUCCCACCACGCCCAGUGUCCUACAUGCCCUAUCGCCCAGCCGGCCCUGAGCAGUGGGACACUUCGCCCUUGCAAUGGACGCACGGCGACCAACGCCGGCAAUCUGUCCCUGCCGAUGCCCCUGUGAGCUGCAACAACGGCAUAGGCACAUCACAGACCUUGCGGAGGAAGCCGAUCGGCGCCGAAGUCGUGCGCCCAGCACUGCCGCCAAGGCCGUACACUUCUUCACCACCAGUGAGGGAGGCCAGCGCGCCAAGACCGAGGCCGAUGUCGUACGUGAGUCCUGAACCGACGACGUACCACAGUUAUGUGCCGCCGUCCCCUUCACUGUCACCACCCGUUCCGCGCGAGAGGCCUCGCUCUGUGUCUUGUGUGAGUCCCGAGUCAAUAUUCGCAAGCCCAGUCAGCUUCGCACCGCCUUCGCCGCCAAAUGACACGCUUGCAAGACCUGUAUCGUGCACGCCAUCGUCGCGGUGGUCAACGAUGCCCUCACCGCCGGCGGAACCUCCCGCGACCCUGGCCCCGAGAGCGCCGUCGCCGCGCUGGUCCCUCGCCCCAUCAGAGCUUGAUGCCGGCGAACCCUCGCCCUCUCCCGCGCCCGCGCCUGAUUCUCCUCUCGAGCGCGACGAGCUGGUAGACGACAUUGAUGAGCUUCUCUCCGAGCUCGGAAUCUCCUCCACAGGCUGGAACGGCUCCGACCCCUCCCUCGACGGCCUUGAUCACCGUCGCCCUUCCCUGAAAAUCACGCACUACCCGGACGACUACGCCGAGCCUUCACCGCCCGUUGACGUCCUCCCGCUGAGCCCACCCGCCGUGCCUCCGAAGCUGCCCCUCGUCCCGAUCAUGGAUGACGCGCCCGAGACGGACACGACGGCAUGCCUCGCGGCGCCCAUGACCUACGCCUUCCCCGCGACGUGGUACAGCCAUCCGGACAUGCCGGGCGUGUGGGUCUGCGCCGGUUGUUUCACGCGCCACCUGGCCGGCACCAAGUUCGAUCCGCAGUUUGACGGGAGAGCUUAUGAUGAUGGGAGACCGCGAGCGUGCUGGUUUGGGGGUGACAGGGUCGUCCACGAGCUGUUGCCGAGGGCCCUUGCCACGGGAUUCUUGCAGCCGUUGAUUGAUCAUUUGAAUGAAGUGGUGACGUUGCGGGCUCCCUGA